UCAGUGAGUGGCUUAAAGAGAUGAUCGACAGCUGUCCAACUUUUUGGUGGGCUUCUUGUAAAUCCAUUUUCAACGGAAAAAAGUCGAGUCGUCCAUGCGGGUGUCACCUCAAAGCAAGAAGUGACCUCUUGAGUGAGAUUUAGAGGGAGCUCAGAAUGUAAAGUGACCUGAAUGCCGGUGAUGUCAGCUCCUCCAUUCAUGAAGCGCAUGAAUAAUUGAGCGUGCAGUGCAGCGGGCUCCGCUGUUAGCAGCAGCCAAAGGGAAAAGGCGGAAUGCAAUAAGAGAGCGAAAGAGGCAUCGGCGUUGCGUGCAGCCUGACCGUCGCAUUUGACGGAGAGCAAAAAUAAAUAAAUAAAAUCACAAGAGCUUCGUCGGGCUCCUCGCGGAUGCUGCCAUCGAGCAGAUGAUCCGGCGGGGGUGGAGGGAGCAAAAGAAGAGGAAGAAUGAGGACGAAACAUGGCAGCUUGCUCGACGGAACCUAACCAGCCUCAAUUAGACAAAGAAGAGCAGAGCAAAGGAUAAAACGAAACGGGACGACCUCCAGUGCAGCUUCCCGCCCCUCCCAUUUUCCACUUGUCGUCUUUCAGCGUGCUUUUUCGUCCAUUUCUCCCGGCAUGAUCUGGCACCCAUCCUCCCUCGUCUCCGUCAUCCCUCUCUCUUUUCCCCCCUCCUCUCCUCCCGCUCCUCUUCAUUGCCACCGCAUGAAUGGAGCCGCUCUCAAAGGGCUAAACUAGUGCUUCUCGACAUGGCAACGACCAGCACUGCCAGUAACUCCAACAAGAGCACUCCUGCUUGCUCACCAGUCCUGCGCAAACGCUCGCGCUCUCCCACACCACAGAGCCAGGAAGGUGACAACAUGGUGGAGAAGGGCUCGGACCACUCCUCGGACAAGUCCCCGUCCACGCCCGAGCAAGUAGUUCAGAGGACCUAUUCACUGCAGUCGGCACGCAGCGGGGGAAAGAACUCUAAAUCUCACAAGCGACUUUCCAAAUAUGACAGACUAAACCUGAUUAAAAAGAGCCAAAGCUGGUAUAACCAUGAAAGACAACACAUCAUGAGAGUGCUGAGCCCCACUUACAAGCAACGCAAUGAGGACUUCAGGAAACUCUUCAAGCAGCUACCUGACACUGAGAGACUCAUUGUUGACUAUUCCUGUGCUCUGCAACGGGACAUCCUACUACAGGGACGACUCUACCUCUCCGAGAACUGGAUCUGUUUCUAUAGCAACAUAUUCCGCUGGGAAACACUGCUAACGGUGCGGCUAAAGGACAUCUGCUCAAUGACGAAAGAGAAGACCGCCCGCCUCAUUCCCAACGCCAUCCAGGUCUGCACUGACAAUGAGAAGCACUUUUUCACCUCUUUUGGAGCCAGAGACAGGACGUACAUGAUGAUGUUCAGACUAUGGCAGAAUGCGCUGCUUGACAAGCCGCUGUGCCCCAAAGAGCUGUGGCACUUUGUCCAUCAGUGCUACGGCAAUGAGCUCGGCCUGACCAGUGACGACGAGGACUACGUUCCCCCUGAUGACGACUUCAACACCAUGGGGUUCAGUGAAGAGAUUCCCAAUGAGGAAAAUGAGAUGAACAACGACAACUUAUCGAAAAGCAGUGCAGAAGCCAAGCCUGAGGCGAGUCCACCUCUUCUUCACAAGAAGGUUGUCCCAAACAGCACCAUCAACCGCACGGGCAAUCAUGACACACCCAUCACAUUUGACCUCUCCACAGAUGAUUUCACAGACUGCCAAUUGGAUGGCGAGCUGUUAGCUGUGCCCCUGCUGGUGGAAGAGAAGAGCAACGACACCAGCGCGACUGGCCUUCCCAUCCCCUCACCCUCACUCGACUUCAACGACAACGAGGACAUCCCCACGGAGCUCAGCGACUCUUCAGAGACACACGAUGAGGGUGAAGUUCAGGCCUUUCACGAGGAUCUGAAUGGGAGGCAGCACAUCAACGAGAUCUACAAAUUUAGUGUGGACAAGCUGUAUGACAUCCUCUUCACAGAGUCGCAGUUCAUGAGUGAUUUCAUGGAGCAGCGGCGAUUCUCAGAUGUGGUUUACCACCCAUGGAAGAAGGAGGAGGCUGGGAACCAGACAAGGGAGAUCCUGUACACCAUUUCACUGUCAAACCCUCUUGCCCCCAAGACAGCAACAGUCACUGAGACGCAGACUCUAUACAAGGCCAGUCAGGAGAGUGAGUGUUACAUCAUCGACGCUGAGGUCAUCACGCAUGACGUCCCCUAUCACGACUACUUCUACACCCUCAACCGGUACAUGCUCACCCGGGUGGCCAAGAACAAGUGUCGCUUACGGGUAUCAACAGAGUUGCGCUACAGAAAACAGCCAUGGGGGCUCGUGAAAGGCUUCAUUGAGAAAAACUUCUGGAGUGGGUUGGAGGAGAACUUUCGCCAACUUGAGGUGGAGCUGUCCAAGCUGGAGGAGAUCCUGACCGAGGCCCACCAGCUCUCCCCGAAGACUAAAGUGGUGAAAAGCGCCACGGUGAGACGGAAAAAGAGGCCGACCCCCCACAUGCGUAGCCAGCAUCUGGACGAAGCACUCAGUCCCGUCACCACGCCGACGGACGAGGAAGUGAUUCAGCGCAUCAAACAAGUGGCGGGCUCCACGCAGACCAGACAUCAGAGUCCGGAGCACCGUCGCCUACCUGGAGGCUCGGCUCUAUCCAGCGUCUCCAAACUGCUACUCAUCAUCAGCUUUGUUCUGGUCCUGUUGGUGUUCCUCAAUAUGAUGUUGUUCUACAAGCUAUGGAUGCUGGAAUACUCUGCGCAGUCUUUAACAACCUGGCAAGGUCUGCGGCUGCACGAAAGUAAACUUCCUCAGACACAAAUGGAGUGGGCCCAGCUCCUGGAGGCACAGCAGCGUUUCCAUGAUGCCGAGCUGCAGAAGUGGCGGGAGAUAAUCAAGUCAUCCGUGGUGUUACUCGACCAGAUGAAAGACUCUUUAUUGAACCUCCAGCGGGGUAUCGGAUUGAGGGACUACAGCUCGGAAAACGAUGACAAGAGGACUCACUACCACUGACCCACUGCCGCAAACAAGGCCGCGAUGGGCAUGCUGUGCAAUAGUGGACCGUAUUUUUAUUUUUUAAUGAGUUUGUAUGCAGGGAGAUUAAGACAAAGCAGAUCCAGAAACAGGAAGAGUGCAUGGAGGGGAGAGGUCGCAGACGGGACGUGACAAGAUGUCUCCAGCAGCACCGACGCCAUUCUACUGUAAGCCAUGUGUGUCAACCCGGGGAUCAGGCAGGGAGAACGUUCACACUCCUGCAUGCAUUUCGACAUCUUGCAUCAACUCCUGUCAGUAUUCAUGUGGUUCUAAUUCCAGUCUGUGUGUCGCAAAAACAACUGGAAGAGGAGAGUCAGGGUUCAUUUGGAGAGUUCGGUCUUUUUACUCUCUUGACUGUUCCUCGACGUCCCCCUAGAGGUCCUCGCUGCAGCUUCUCUUUCGGGGUCGGACAGCCGACUGCAGUUGGUUUGACCGUCAUCUUGCAAAUCUGGCCCCUAGUGGUCUUUGUCAGGGCUGGUUCCCUGUCAGACAGCCAAAUAUGACGACAACACAAUCUGCUUUGACGAUGUUUGUUUCUGCGCACCGUUAAAAGAACCUUUACCAGUCAAAGAUGGUCGAAUGUAGAAAUAGAAUGUGUGCAUCGAUUAGAAGACUUCAAAAAAAGAGACGCUGCAGCCAGACUAGUGGGAAGACGUCUUCUUACAUGUUUUGUUACUAAACUGUGACUAUAUCUCUUGAGAAGUGUUUCAAAUUAGAACGAAUUCUAUGAAUAUAUUUGAAAUAUAUAUAUAAGAGUAUUUCAUUAUUUAAUGUAUAUAUUUCAAAAUGUAUGAGCAUUACCUAUAUUUAUUGUUCAUUUAUGUACAUAAGAAAUGAGAGCUCUUGUGCUGCUGAAUAAUUUCUAAUGAAAAAAGUUUUCAUGUUUAAAGAAAGAAAUGCAUGCCAGAUAUGUCUGUGACAUGUCCAGUGUGCAAGUACAAUUCUGCGAUUAUAUUCGCACGCGUGCGUUUGUGUGUGUGUGUGUGUGUGUGUGUGUGUAGAGUGUGACAUUUUUACCAUUCCACACGUGAUUUUUUUUUUUUUCCGUUCCUUGUUCCUGCAGCCAGACUACCUUUAAAAAAAAUGUAAGGCUUUGGGAUGCAGCCUUGCAUUAGCUCCAACCACACUGAAGUUUGCAAUGGAAACCUUGUUCUUGCAUCUGUUUGGAAAACUACAUCAAUCGGUUUGCUGUAACCAGUGGUGUUUUGUUUUUGUUUUUUUUAAUGGAAAAGUAGCUGAUUUGGCACCAAUCAAUGUACUUCACCACACAGAAAACAUAUUUAGUUUAAAACAACACAAGUAUACUAAAGUUCUACUGGUCACAAUGUCUUUGUGCAGCAACUUGUUGCCGGGUAGAACUCUUACCUACUCAAAAUGAUUGUUCCCCCUAUCUCGAUACUAAUUUGCCAUGUGCGGGUCACAUUCACUAUGAUGUUUCUAUCAUAACGUGGGGUGAAGAGCUUUUUUUUUUGCCCCAAAUAACCAAAAAAAUGACUUGGUGAGUUGGCAGUGGCCCAGUUAAAGUCAGACACCAAUUGGGCAUUACUCCUCAAACAGAAUUUAAAACUAUGACAUGACUUUAUUAAUCGGAUGGAUAUAGAAAGUGAAAACCUCCAUGUUCAGAUUUCAGUUGAAUUUACAGGUUAGAAGUCACAAUUUUUGAAAAACAUUUUGACUUUUUUUUUCCCCUCUAGUUUUUAUGGUUGAAUAUGGGACCUUCACCCGCUUUUUCUACUGUACAACAACUACAUCUUUUCAAUUGAAUCAUUAUUCUGUAUAUGCGAUGAAAUAGUGGGACAGCACUGAAAA